UGCUUCCACCUGGCUCCUCCCCGUGCUCACAGGCUCCCCUCCCCCUUCCCCAAGGACAGUGUGCUAGGAAGCCGUCGCUGCUGAAGAGAGCCGAGAUCUAAAGAUUGGAUCAUGACCCAUGAAGAGCAUCAUGCAGCUAAGACCCUGGGGAUUGGCAAAGCCAUCGCUGUGCUAACCUCUGGUGGAGAUGCCCAGGGUAUGAAUGCUGCUGUUAGGGCUGUGGUUCGUGUUGGAAUCUUUACUGGAGCCCGUGUCUUCUUUGUUCAUGAGGGUUAUCAAGGCUUGGUGGAUGGCGGAGACCACAUCAGAGAAGCCACCUGGGAGAGUGUUUCGAUGAUGCUACAGCUGGGAGGCACAGUGAUUGGAAGUGCCCGGUGCAAGGACUUUCGGGAGCGAGAGGGAAGACUCCGUGCUGCCCAAAACUUGGUGAAGCGUGGAAUUACCAAUCUGUGUGUUAUUGGGGGUGAUGGCAGCCUCACUGGGGCUGACACCUUCCGCUCUGAGUGGAGUGACUUGUUGAGUGACCUCCAGAAAUCUGGUAAGAUCACAGCUGAGGAGGCCACGAAGUCCAGCUACCUGAACAUCGUGGGCCUGGUGGGCUCCAUUGACAAUGACUUUUGCGGCACUGAUAUGACCAUUGGCACUGACUCUGCUCUCCACCGGAUCAUCGAGAUCGUAGAUGCCAUCACCACCACUGCACAGAGCCACCAGAGGACAUUUGUGUUAGAAGUGAUGGGCCGGCACUGUGGCUACCUGGCCCUCGUCACCUCUCUCUCCUGUGGGGCUGACUGGGUUUUUAUUCCUGAAUGUCCACCAGAUGAUGACUGGGAGGAACAUCUUUGUCGCCGGCUCAGUGAGACAAGGACCCGUGGCUCUCGUCUCAACAUCAUCAUUGUGGCUGAGGGUGCCAUUGACAAGAAUGGGAAACCAAUCACCUCAGAAGACAUCAAGAAUCUGGUGGUAAAGCGUCUGGGAUAUGACACCCGGGUCACCGUCUUGGGGCAUGUGCAGCGGGGUGGAACACCAUCAGCUUUUGACCGAAUCCUGGGCAGCAGGAUGGGGGUGGAAGCAGUGAUGGCACUUUUGGAGGGGACCCCAGAUACCCCAGCCUGUGUGGUGAGCCUGUCUGGUAACCAGGCUGUGCGCUUGCCUCUCAUGGAGUGUGUCCAGGUGACCAAAGACGUGACCAAGGCCAUGGAUGAGAAGAAAUUUGAUGAAGCUAUGAAGUUGCGAGGCCGGAGCUUCAUGAACAACUGGGAAGUAUACAAGCUUUUGGCUCAUGUCAGGCCCCCAGUAUCUAAGACUGCUUUGCACACAGUGGCCGUGAUGAACGUGGGGGCCCCGGCCGCGGGAAUGAAUGCUGCUGUUCGCUCCACUGUGAGGAUUGGCCUCAUCCAGGGCAACCGAGUGCUGGUCGUGCAUGACGGCUUUGAGGGCCUGGCCAAGGGUCAGAUCGAGGAGGCUGGUUGGAGCUACGUUGGGGGCUGGACUGGUCAAGGUGGUUCUAAACUUGGGACUAAAAGAACACUGCCUAAGAAGAGCUUCGAACAGAUCAGUGCUAACAUCACAAAGUUUAACAUUCAGGGCCUUAUCAUCAUUGGAGGUUUUGAGGCUUACACAGGGGGCCUGGAGCUGAUGGAGGGCAGAAAGCAGUUCGAUGAGCUCUGCAUCCCCUUCGUGGUCAUUCCUGCUACAGUCUCCAACAAUGUUCCUGGCUCAGACUUCAGCAUCGGGGCUGACACGGCGCUCAACACAAUCUGCACGACCUGUGACCGCAUUAAGCAGUCAGCCGCAGGCACCAAGCGCCGGGUGUUUAUCAUCGAGACCAUGGGCGGCUACUGUGGCUACCUGGCCACCAUGGCAGGGCUGGCAGCAGGGGCUGAUGCCGCCUACAUUUUUGAGGAGCCCUUCACCAUCCGAGACCUGCAGGCAAAUGUUGAACAUCUGGUGCAAAAGAUGAAAACAACAGUGAAAAGAGGCUUGGUGUUAAGGAAUGAAAAGUGCAAUGAGAACUAUACCACCGACUUCAUUUUCAACCUGUACUCUGAGGAGGGAAAGGGCAUCUUUGACAGUAGGAAGAAUGUGCUUGGCCACAUGCAGCAGGGUGGGAGCCCAACCCCAUUUGACAGAAAUUUUGCCACUAAGAUGGGUGCCAAAGCUAUGAACUGGAUGUCCGGGAAAAUCAAGGAGAGUUAUCGUAAUGGACGGAUCUUUGCCAAUACCCCAGACUCUGGCUGUGUCCUAGGGAUGCGUAAGAGGGCCCUGGUUUUUCAGCCUGUGACUGAGUUGAAGGACCAGACAGAUUUUGAGCAUCGCAUACCCAAGGAACAGUGGUGGCUGAAGCUGAGGCCCAUCCUCAAAAUUCUCGCCAAGUAUGAGAUUGACUUGGAUACCUCAGAGCAUGCCCACCUGGAGCAUAUCAGCCGGAAGCGGUCUGGAGAAGCUCCCGUCUAAAUCUCUUUGGAACCAGGGGAAUGGUCUGAUUACAGUCAACUUAACCUGCUGACAGAUUUAAGUCGUGUAUUCUGAAGUGUCUUAGCUCUUUUUCAUUUGGUUUCCUUUUCUUCUGUAACUAUGGCCACUAUCAACUCCAGCAGGGGGCAGAUUAGAAGCUUCUUUUGGUAGAAUUUAUGACUUCUAUCCAGCUUCAUCUGUCACACAAGGCUGGGCUCCCUAGUGUUACUGCUAGAUUUCAGUUACUCGGUUAAAUUUUCCUAAAAGUAAGCUUUAUUUAUUUCUUUGUGAUAACCAGGUUUCCAUUCCCCUACAACUUUUACUACAGUGACAAACAGUAACUACACUAAUAAAUGCCAACUGGUCCCUGGG